AUGAGCAAACAUCAGCAGCAACAGUUUUCAUCAUCAUCGGGAGGUAGUGAAAACGAUGCCAAUGGUUUGAAUUCAACGACCACCAAUGGCAAUGGCAGAGGUCAUAAUAAUAGUACCACCUCCACGACAAGCAACAGAUUAAGCAACGUUUUGGAUUUACGAGGAGUGAACGACCAACUGCCAGAUAAUUACAUCCAACCGACGCCAUCAUCUUCCUUGCAUCAUCAACACCACACCACAACAACCACUCCCAUGAUAAGCCUGGAGAGUGUUAUGGGAGUACGAUCAUCCUCAUCAGGGACCCUCUCGGAAAACCCAAAUCUCUAUCAAGGUCAUAUUAACUUUCAUCAUAGCGUUCAUCAUGAUGGUCAUCAUAUUCUGGAUCAUGUAGAUCCUGAUCAAUUUGAAAGAGAACAACAACGACUCAGACAAUUCAAUUCGCAUGGAGGACCAGGCUCACUUGGUUUACCUUCUAUACCCAACCUCCCACAGAGCGUGAGUGCCAUGUUUGCCAACAGUUCCGUUAGUCAUAAUGGCACAAAUAUUAAUCAGCAUGCAAAUCAUCAUGAAGUGACAGCUGUUGGUUCUUCAUCCACCAUCAAUGCUGGAUCGAACAGUGCAAGCUCCAGUUCAAUGAUGACAUCAUUGCGAGGAGAUUGUAGUACGAGUAGCAUGACCUCUACCUCAUCUUCUUCUCAACAACAACAAGCGCUGCCACAACAACGAACUGACAUGACGACCGUGCGAAAAGAAGCUACAGGAAACAGAACAGCGUCGCAACCAUUUGUGCCUUUCAAUACAGGCAAUGUAACAUCAUCUUACAUGCAAUCUUCUGGUCAUCCAUCAACUAAAAGGUUGAACAAUGAUGCCUCUUUUCAAGCAAAUAAUUACCUUCAACAAACACCAAACUCUUACUCUGAUAAUAUUCAAAUGCAACAUCAACAACAGCAGUCAUUUGACAAUGCGUUGUCGUUCAAUAAUAAUAGUUACUUUAAUGCCAGCAAUAAUGUGAAUAAUAACAGCCAUUUCAAUACUGCAAAUAAUGUGCCAAAUAAUAAUGGAACUUUUUACAAUGUCAACACCAAUAACAACCAAUACAAUAAUAGCUCUCGAGGAAAUAAUAACAUGCAAUCACAGCAACAAGAUGAUUACUCACAAGACGUAAUUCUUCUAGUUGUAGAGCAACAAAAGAGAAUUUAUCAGCUUGAAGAAGAAUUACAAAGAGCUCAAGACUAUAUCAAUAAGCUUCAGGAAUAUGUGACAUUUUUGGAGUCAGAAAAGGAAAAGAACACAAAAAAACAAAGUCGAUAUUGGACCCAAGAGGAGCACAAACUUUUUCUUGAAGGAAUUGAAAAGUAUGGUAAAAAAGAUGUCAAGGCCAUUGCAAGUCAUGUAGGAACGAGAAAUGCAACCCAAGUACGAACUCACGCACAAAAAUACUAUGCAAAAAUUGACAGAGAACAAAAGAAAGUACGUGAAAAAAAGCUGGAAGAGGCCAAAAAGCGUCAACCCAAUGAAAAGACCAGUGGUCAUGACGAUGAAAGCAAAACAAAAAAACGUAAAAAAGUAAGAAACGACGAUGACAUUGAAUCAAAUUCUGAUUCUACCAAAAGCCCACAAAUUGAGGAAGGCAGUGUUUCUGGAUCAGUCAUGGAUGAUGAGUUGAGUGAUUCAGAAAAAGAUAACCCUGUUGCAAUGACUCAAAUAGGGUCGAGAUCAAUUUCUCAGCAAGAACCUCCUACGAUCAAUAGCAAUACUAUUCGAUAA